AAUUCUAGUUUCUUGUUUCAUCAUAGACUUUCUCCACUUCAGCCAAAAAAUCGUAUAACUGAAGGAUUCUCGGCUUAAAUAAUGUCUUCAGAGAAGUUUGAAGACCUCGAAGAUGAACUGAAAACUCUACAAGAAGAUAUAAGUGGGAAAAUAACCAACAAAAUCCCAAGAUUAACUGGAGGUAAGGGCGAGCAGCCGCUUGUUUUCGAUCUCUCUGUCUGUUUCAAAAACCUUUAUCUUAAUAAUUUUAAGUUUUUAUUCAAGUGUUUAUCACAUAAAUGCCUUUUUUGUAUCUACCAGAGUUAAGGAAAAGUACAAUACGGGAGGUGGAAAAAAAGAUUGAAGAUGCAAAACUAAUUGUAAGUGUUGCCCUAAAACAGCCCAAAAAAUGCGAACGGUAACCACCAUAUUUUAUUAGAGCUUAAAGAUUGUUUAAGCUAAAUUCAGCUGUUGUAUUAUUUCCAGUUAGUUGUUAAUAUUGUUGAUACCUUUUUUUAAAUCAUUUGCCUGUUUAAAUUUAUCAUUUCUUUUGUGUUUACACUCCGACUUUGGAUAAAGUUUAUAUCUGUCGUGUCACGUGAGCUCAGUAAAAGGUGAUAUCAUAGUAAAAUGAUGGGGGAGGGGUCAUCUGGGUAUAGAUUUUACCUUGUCAUUUAUAUUUUACUGGAACGGGUAAGAUUGAUAAAGCAAGUUCAGUUUUUCCAACCCUGUCUUAUUUUAUGAAACAAAAAAGUGAAAUCCUCACGUUUUGAGGGGACGUGGGGGUUUACUUUAUUGCGGUAUUGGGCUUUUUUUCAAACGGUAUUUCAGUAAUUUUGAUUUUAAUGGGCGGUAUUGUGGUAUCAUGUAGCCCUACGGUAUGCGGUUUUUUAUCCUUCUGGCUAACAGUAUUCGGUAAAAGAAGAUCCUUCACAGUAUUAUGGUACCGUUCAUUUGCGUCCUCCUGUCUAAUGCAGGUCAAUAUUUGGAAAACUUUACUUCACUUAACAGUAAAUGAUUACACAAUUUGUGACAGUUAAUGUACAGUGGAAUUGUCAUUGGAUCUAAUGAUCUGGCUUUUCGAUCGUUGCACCGAUAAAUUGGAGGUCUUCUCACGUUUUCUAGCAAUGGCUGAGGUUGAUUUCUUGUGCAUACAUGCUUGAGUUAAACAAACACGCGGAAUGGAUACAACUUUAAGUAAGCGUGACCAAUCAUAAAUGCAGUAUCGGUAUUUCGUCUAUUCUCAACACAGUACAGUGAAACCUACAACUAUAUUAAGCAGACAGUGGCUGAAGUCCCCAAAUUUAUUUUCCUUAUAAUUUACUUUAAAUGAAACCUUUAUUAAGCAGACACCUCUAUUAAGUGGACGCAGACACCUAAAAAGUACCUAUUGUUACCAACUGUAUUAAACGGACACUUGUAAUCAAAUUCCACCACCCAACAUGCCAGAAACCGGAAAUGCGAAAGAUUGCCACCCACAAAUUUUCAUUUUUUACCUUAAAAACGUGACUUGACGAACUGUUUUGAUUAGUUUCACAGUACAGUUAUGUUUUCUAUUUUGUUUUGUUUGUAUAGAGCUUGUUUCACUCAUCUGAUUUCUUCAAAUUUGAGUUGCAAUCUGUGUUUAUGGUACUUUGAUCAACUGGUCCACUUAAAUAAAGAAAUUAAUGCAAACGAUAGUCUCUGGGAGUAUUCUAAACCUUUCCACUGUUCAUUUGAAUGGCAUUUGACACCUCAUAUGACAUUAUCUAUUGAAACCUGUAUUAGGCGGACACCCUGUAUUAGGCGGACACUACAGCAUUCCCGGAGGGUGUCGGCUUAAUACAGGUUUCACUGUAUUUUGGUAUUUGCCAAUUUUUCCUGCGAUAUUGGGUACCCCCCAAUGUCCCCCUCCUUUUAUACUGCAUUCAGCACUGAUUGCAGCAAAGUAAGCCUGUUUAGAAAUUGCAGGCGUUGUAUUGGCAAUAAAUAAAAAUUAUCAAUAACAAUUAAGUCUUUAUUCUUCUUCAAAUAUCUUUGAACAUCUUUUCAGUUUAUUCCCAUCGCAGAAAUAAUAUUACAUUAUUCUGUGUUCAAUAAAUUAACGAUUUUUAAGCAUCUUUUUCUUUCCAGCAAAAUUGCGGCAAAGGCUGUUUAUACUCAGAGCCUUUGAUUAUUUAUUUAUAUUAUUAUUGACUUUGUUAGAUUGAGGAGAUGGAAGAAGAAGCCAGCUUUGCUCCUGGUGCUUACAGGAAUUCCUUGAUGUCCAAAGUACGAAACCACAGAAGAAAUCUUGAUCAACUCAGAAGGGAUCUGGUAAGGUUAAAUUGUUUGAAUAGUAAUAUUAUUUCUGUUGUUCAGAACUGUCAUUAAGAGGAGGGGGCUGGGGAUUUUCCCCGGCUACCAUCAACGUGGCCCCCGGCUACUUUCAAAGGAAAAUGGAAGAAAAAUAGAAAGAAAAAGAAUCCCUAGCUGUUUGAUUCCCCGCCUACUUUUUGUAUUUGCCUGGCAACUAGAAAUCUUAGUGACAACCCUGGUUGUUGAUAUGAUAAUGAAGAACAUUUUGCAGAUUUUGUAUCCUUUUUGUUUUUUUAAUUCAGGCAAAACCAAGUGGGCAAGUAAAUGUGUCAUUUGGAAGAGAAGAACUUUUUGAUUCAGAUCCUAUGGUAAGCUAAUAUUAUUAACCCCCACACAGUUAACAUGAAAUUUUCAAAUAUCAGAUUGUGUUCCAAAAAGAAGUUUAAGAAUGAAAUUCCCAUGCUAAAUUUUAUAGAGCUAAAGUGCUAAACUGAUACAAACAUUGCACUAGUUGUUAUGUGGCUAAAUGUAAUUUAAGAAUAGUUAAACAUGAGACAGUGCUGGAUAGCGGUCUCCCAUCUUUUAUUACCUAUGUAGGGCAGUCUUUGGGAAUUUGCAGGGCUCUAGUCAUUUUACAGCACUUUCAUUGAGGUCAAUCAUUUCACUCAUAUUGCCCUCAGUUGUCAGUCACUUCAGUUGGUUUUGCUCCCCCCCCUUCCCUCUGCAGCUGGAUGUCCCUUGGUAAGUCUCUACAAAACUCUCCACUGAGAUUUUCAGUGUAACAGUGCAUGGUGGUUACCACUCACAGGGUUAUCAAACAGUGCAAGGUCACAUGGUUGAAAAAUACAUAUAUUAAAUUGAGCAUUGACGAGUCACACCCCUAAGUUGGACAAUAUUGCCAUUAGAAUAUAUGAUUUGAAAAAUCUCAGCAAAAAUUUUUUUAAAAUGUUAUUGCUAUCCUAAACUAACUAAUAAUUCAUUUCAGAAACGCUUUUAAAUUUGUACAAGAAACUAAUUUACUUCUAUGGCAUUAUUUCAUUAGGCUCCUCAGAGAAACAAAGUGAUGCGUGGAACUGAGACUUUAAACAGAGCCUCAGAAAGUAUUGCAAGAUCUACCAGAGUUGCUGUAGAGACUGGUAGGUUUAUUAACACAUAGAUUCAGGGCUGUACUCUAGCUGGGAUCUUGACUGUUUACAAGCAGUCAUUACAGCUGCUAAAGGAGGAUCAAGAAGCUACCAUGAGCCUACCUCUCCCAACAGUUACUGUGGUACCCUGGACCAAUACCAGACCUUGGCAUUGUGGCAUUGUGGCAUUGCCCCACUUUUUUGGGAAGUGCCGCACCAUUAUAUAAUUAGCCCGAGGGGUUCCAAGGGCACCAAGAAGGAAAAAAAAAACAUAAUUAUCACAAAACGUAUGUAAGCAUCCAUACACAUACAUACAUUUCCUUAUAAUAUACAGCUGUAAGCCAAAAUUUAAUUGAAAACACUCAUCAUUAUCUAAUACUCUGACCUGUGAAAACAUUGAGUUAACUGUAUCUAAAAAUUGUGACCUGCUUUUCUCCCUCAUGACCCCCUUUUAGCUUUUCUAUGGGUCCUGUGGACCCCAGUGUACAAAAUCCUGGUAAGAACACUGGGCAUUAAACUGUAGACCCUUUCUCACAACCCUAGCACAUAAUUAUUAUAAAUUCUGUGGGGCCUUAAAGAACCAACGCACUUUUCAUCAAAAGUAUGAGAUGUAGUAUCCGGUGUGCUGGUGCAUGGCUUGAAAUAACGGACAGUCAACAACCAACGUCUGGACAGAUUGAGGAUUUGUCCGGUCAACCUUUCAUCUUGCCGGUCAUGUUGACCGGUCAGUUAGAUCAUAUUAAAAAUGAAAUAAAUUAAAAUUUCCAUGCUGUUCAGUUAUUUCAGUUGUUAUCAGUAUAAUAUGGCAAGUCAGUGUAUUGCAGAACUUUAAACUGAAAUCCUGGGUGAAAUGCAACUAGAAGUGUGUUUAGAAUUUGCACAUUGAAACAGACAUCAGGGUUCAUGCACCUGCAGAAAACUGAAAUCAUUAUAUUUAGAGGUGCCAGGCCAAUUGAAUUUGUAGGAUAAUGAUAUUUAAUGUGUUACGGGUUAGCGUUACAGUCAGUGUUCCUAUUAAUACACAUUAUACUACUACAUCAGAAAUUCCUGCAAUUUGAUUGGUUUAGAGCAGUGGUAUUUCAGCUUAAUUUGAAAUACCUACAUGUGAAAAUUACAAACCUUUUGUGGGUAGUAGUAUAAACAAAUAAUAGCAUGAUUUGUACUUGAUAUUUGGCAUAAAUACCACUUGUGAUAUUUCAAAAUUGUCUCAAAUUUCACUCGCCUAACGGCUUGUGAAAUUACGUAUAAAAAUUUCGAAAUAUCACUCGUGGUAUUUAUGCCAAAUAUCACUACAAAUCAUUCUAUUACCUAUGCUAAGCUUAUAGUUUCAUUUCUCCACUGUAAUUUAUUUUUAUUGUUGACAAUGAGUGGUUUAAAGUGAGAUUCUAGCUCUAAGCAAUGACUUUUUUGAAAAUGUAUAGCACUAGUUUUGAUUCAUGGGACCCUGUUUUUAGAGUUAUUUAUCUUAUAAAUUUGCCUGGCCAGAAAGGAUGCGUGACCAAGCUAAAAUGAUUUUGGCCAGUCAUUGUGUCCAGAUACUCCCAGAAAAAAAUCUUUCAAGCCCUGUGGUGUAUCUCUGAUUCACUCUCACAUUUAGGGGGCAUCACCAUUGCUUUUAAUAAUUACUUGUAAAGUGAACCAUAAGCAGUCUGGCAAAAGUCCCCCAACCAGUGUUUGUAAAGUAUCACUGAAAAGCCCUGAGGGGAGUGAAUAAUACUUAAUAUAUUUACUGAAUUGACAAUUAUUUUUACAAUUGUCAAAGGCUUUCCAUUGUUAAUACAUUGUUUUUGCUGAUCUACAUGUACAUAUUUCUUGUAGAACAAAUUGGUGGUGAAAUAAUUGAAGAGUUAGGUGAUCAAAGAGAGGCACUAGAGAGAACAAGAGAUAGGGUGAAGACAAUCUCGAAUUUAUAUUCAUGGCUUUUACAACCAUAAAAUUAUCACAUACCUUAUUGCUUAAAGUAAAUAUUAUUGUUUAUUUUUUCUGUAGCUCAAGGAUGUUGAUCAAGGCCUGGGUAAAAGCAAGAGAAUUUUAAAUAGUAUGGCUAUCAGGUAACAUAAAACAAAAAACCUUUUCAAUUGAUAUUAUUUCUGCUAGUAUCUAUUAAAGAGUGGUACUCUAAGGGUGUUCACCAAAAGUCAGGACUGGCCAGUGGAACUGGUCAUUUCAAAAAUAAGGUCUUUUCUCAUUUUCACUUAAAACCUGUCUCUGCAGUACAUACUGUCAAGGAACAGGCUUUUUUGGUGGGACCAUCUUAAAAUAUAAUGGCUUAGUUGUUGUCAUUGUUGCUAAGAUCACCCCUUUAAGGAAAAUUUGAAGGAGCUCAUAAUUUACAACAAAAGCUAGGAAGCUAGAAGCCCACUAGAAAGAACAGAUGUAGUAUUAUUUCAAAGGGUUUCAAUGACUGAUGGAAGUGAAAAGUUGUCUUAGUGUCGAGAGGGUCAUGAUUCCUCAGGAAAUUCUACUUGAAGUUUUAUUCCUCUUAAAUGUCAUUUCCGCCAUUCUGGCUCUGUAGAGUGUCAAGCCGCUUACCUAGGCCACUAGUUUAUUUGCUUCAUUCCGAGCAAGAGAGACUUAUACUCACAGUCUACCUAUUAAUAUUUUGAUGAUAUUGCAAUAUUUGUAUUAGAGAUUUCUCAGCUAAGACAGUUCUACUGAAAUCCCUUGGACACCUCUAGAUCUACCACAGGCCAAGUAUGUGACAGGCCAGAAAAAUAUAUUGUCAACUCUCAGUCUUAGAUGGACACUGUUGGGAUCAGCAAUAGGGCUCUGUUAACCCUUCAAGUCACAAGAAUGACUAAUGUCAAUUUUUCUUGUUACAUUUUCAAUACAUCAGAAUUAAUUAAAUGAUCAAUCCCACAACUGAUAGUUAUUCUCUAAGAAGAUGUAUGGAAAUCAGUCUGGAGAAUUUGUAUUACUCUGUGAUAUAAGGGCUUAAAGAAAGGGUUAUCAGUGUAUUGUUGGCUGCCCCCGUAGUGAUGUCAAGGAAGAUAACUGAAUUACAAAAAUAAUGGCAGGGAACAACACUACAUACAUGUAUCCAUAUUUCAGGGAGAUGUUAUCCUGGCAGGAAUAGCUCAGUUGGUAGAGUAGGAGGUAGCGGGUUUGAUUCCUAGGAUGGAACCAGUUCUCAGGGUCUUACAUUUGUAAAAUAACUGGGAAAUUGGAAAAUGAAAGAACUGCCUUUGCCCUGCUAAUGGAUAGACCUUGGGGCUUCGUGUGGCUCUGAAAUUACUGAAAUUACCGUGCUAUUACAUUGGCACUCAAAAAUAGGACUUUUUUUGUAUGCCUCUCAAAGCAGUUUAUUGGGUGUCCCAGGCCACUGGACUCCGGUUAGGCAAAAUCCUUUCAACAAGUCGUACUUUUAAUUUAUUUUGUUGGUUACAUGAUGUGGUUGUAUUUUAUCCUUAGUUUAAAUUUUAUUUUCUUUUGUUUUUGGAUAUUAUAAUAAUAAUAAAUUAUAAAUGUCUUUAUUUCGCCCGUUAAAGAUUAUACAUAACAAACGUUACAGAGAGUAAAAGUAUACAAAUCAUGAAAAUCGCACAGAUCAUUUACAAUUAUCAUAAUUUAUAAAACCUGAUUAAACAUUGGGUAUCUAGUAUAUUGUUAAAUUGCCAAGUUGUAUUGAAACCUUAUUCUAUUAAAAUAGCAAUUUUUAAAACGUUCUGUAUUAAUACGCGGUAAUUGACUUGUUUGUGAUCUUAACUUGUUAGAUGACUCUUUGACUUUCGGCAAAAGGGCAUAUAAUGGAUGGUUAACAUUGUUCUUAAUUUUGGUGAACAACCUGCGGUCACACUUCUCUAAAAGGUCAUAGAUAUUAAUUAACUCAGAAGAGUGAUGUCGCUUAUUGCUUAUGGUCAUGUAAGAUAAUGAUUUUGAAACAAAAUAAAAUAAAAUAAAUAUUUAGACCAAGGAUAAAAUUGAACCACAACAUAAACAUGUAGGCAUGUAUGUUUGACCAAGACGGCUCAGCCAUCUUGACUGAACAAGCUUGGUUGAAAUGAAAGAUUUAUUGUAUGGCCAGAACAAAGAUUAAUCUUUUCUUGUGGAAGUAAGCAGGAAAUUGUUCAAUCAUUGUAUGUUUACAUGCAUGUGACUUGAUCCUAAACUAUUUUGGUUUUCUUUUAUUUCAGGAUUGCAACAAACAAGUUGAUAUUGCUUUGCAUUAUCUUGGUAGAGUUGGCCAUUUUGGCUGCUGUUGUAUAUAUAAGGUUUUUUAAGAAAUCAAAGUCAAAAAAGAAUUAGUUAACUCAAAGUUCUUUUGAUUAUCUCGCAGUGUCAUGUGCUACAUCAUUUACCACUCAAUAAAGCUUCAUUUAAGUUUUUGACCAUAUUUUUUUAGCAAACUUUCUGGUGGCCUUGCAAAGAAUCUUCUAUGUGGUCAUGAUGAAACACAUGAACUGUUGAAGUUAAAAUGUAAUUUUGUAGCUUGAACUCAGCAUAAUUAGAAAAAAAAAUCUCACGGGGGUUGAAAAAUGAAAAAACUGAAUUUCAGUUUGCCCUGCAGGCAAGAACCUUUAAGAUUUUCUCACUUUAUGAUUUAGAUUUAGAUGAUUUGCCUGGAUCUUUGGUCAUUGGGCAAAGGAGAAUGUAAAGAUGCUUGCCCAGCAGGAAAAUCUACUUUACCCAUAUAACUGUGUAGAACUUUUUUCAAGCCCUGAUUUCAGAUAAGAUAGUCUCACCGUGGUAGAUCUUUUGAUCGUCAGAUAAAUUUGUUUAGGCAAUUUCUAAUGGCCUAUUACUAUAGCUGAUACAAAAAGCUCACUAAGAGGGAAAUGUAGCUCAAAUUUAGAAGAUUUGUCUUGUUUUUUUGAUGUUAAGCCAUAAUUUAAUCAGUGGUGGAUCCAGGGGAGGAGCCUGCCCUCCCCCCUAUUUUUAGACCAAACUGAGGCCAGAAGGGCUAAAAAAAAUUUUUGGGAGACCCCUCCCCCCCUUAUCUAAGGAUCUGGAUGACCACCCCCUGCUUAUCUCAAGGUCUGGAUUCGGCACUGUUCAAUAGCCCUGAAAAAGUGUUUCUAAGCAAAUAUUAGGGGUGGCGAAUGGUACCUCGAAAAACGUGGGUCUCGGAAAAUUUUGGCAGGAUCUCGAAAUCUCGGAAGCGUUUUAGGUAAGUCUCGAAGUCUCGUUUUUUCAUGGUUUGCUUUUACUCUUUUUGAGUCUCGAAACUUUUCACCAAAGAGUCUCGGGCUCGGAUUUCUAACUAGGAUCUCGGCGUCUCGGCGAGUCUCGGAUUUUACCAUUCGCCACCCCUAAUAUUGUUUCUUUCCUUGAACGUUGUCAGGGCUCAAGAUCUUUAAAAAAUUUAAGAAAUCCAAUUUAUAUAUAGGAAGUUAAUUAUUGCUCUAAUGAAGUCAUUCAAAAGCAGCUGAUCAUCAUUUUCAUCAGACAGCUUUUUUCUGCAUUGUUCAUAUUGUCUUUUUUUGUUUGUUUUUCCAAAGUAAUAAUACGCAAUUUACAUUCAUGUCAAUUAAUAUCUCCAUUAAUAUGUGCAAUGAGCUUGCAUAUAUUAUUGCAAUACCCAACUCAUGAAUAUUACUAUGAAAUGAACCAAACAAAAUUUUCCUUACAGGUCAGGGCAUGCUUCUUUUAGACAUGUUUCAUGGCAAUACAUCAGGUUUUCAAAUGAGGCCAUGUAAGUGCAAAAUCUUUCAUGUAAAAAAAUGAGUCUCAUUGAAAUAUUAUAAUGAUAAAAUUUUUUUUAUAUCAAAGAUUUCGUGCGUAU